AAAAAGGAUCAUCUCUCUCUCCCUCCCACUCAUUAUUUCGGCCAGCACCAAGGAAAGGAGAAGAGAGAGCUCUCAAACCCCAUCUUCAAUAGCUAAAAUCGAGCCCAAGCUCAAACAAGAGAAAGAAAGAAGUUUAAGGGAGAAAAAGUGAGGAAAAGGUGUGAAUAAUUAAGACACUUGUAAUAGGUAUUUCAAGAGCUUUCACGAAGUUGAAAGAGUCACUGGAGUUGUCGCCGGAGUUCGUCAAAAGUCGUCGGAGUUUCGCCGGAGUUCAACCGAGAAGGGUAGAACUUCAUAGCGAACCUCUAGCUCUUUCUAUUGAUUACUACUCAAGUCAGGACUAGCGUUCGCACAUCUCUUUUGAAAGGCUAAGAUGUUUGUAUUAGUACACGUGUAGUCUAGGGUAAAAUGGGAAGGGAAAUUACUUUUGCUAAGUUUCUUAAUAUGCGUGCCUUUCUCCAUAUUCCAACACUUCUACCUCGUAUCAUUCAAAAGGAGCCAAACAGGUGACCCGGUUCUCAUGAAUUCUAUUUAUAUACUUCCUCCGUUCGGAUUUAAAUGCAACAUGGAGAAAGGCACGCAUAUUAAGAAACUUAGCAAAAGUAAUUUCCCUUCCCAUUUUACUCUAGACUACACGUGUACUAUUUGGACGGAUAAGCUACCUACGGGUAUGUGAGAACAAUACCCUUUGAGACUUUGUAGAACCGGUGAUUUUUAUUAGAAUGUAUCUAGACCACCAGAUUUGUGAGAAAGUGUCUGGUACACGAUCUUGAAGGGAAGUCGCCGGAGAAAAAAGAUUUGUCAUCGGCGUUAACGAUCUCAGGGGCCAGGGCGGUUCUCUAGAUCCAUUAAUAGAAGAACGAAAAAUUACGAAUCUACGAUGGAAAAUUAAAGGAGAAGACUCAGAGACCAGAAAUGGAAGAAGAAAUUGGUUUUGCUGGAAAUGAAGAACUCGUGAGUUCAUAUGAUUUACAGAUAUGACUCCAUAAGGUUAAAGUUGGAGGAAGAAGUAUAUUCAUUUACAGAUACAGAUGGUUAAGCAAUUAAAAUGAAUACGAAGUAUUAAAUGGUGUAAGGGUAUUGGAGUCAUUGCACCCCUCUUUUUCUUACCUAAAAUGGAAUGUUACAAUUAUUUUGAAACUGCCGAAAAAGAUAAGUGUUGCAUUUAUUAAAGAACGGAUGAAGUAUAUAGUGAAUGGAUGAUUUGAGUUAUAGAUGAAUGUAGUGUGUGUUUAGUAGAGCCAUAGCAUCCCCUGAGCACUAGCAGCAUAUCAUUCGUUAUGUGUGCAAGCAUUUUUUGAAUUUGAUCACUUGAUGUAUAUAUUGCAUACAUCUUGAAUAAAAAUACUUAGUUUAUAUCUAGUAUAGUAUUAUAUAUGUAUAUAUUUGUGUAACUGGAACGUGUGUGUACCAGUGUGUGUGUGUAUGUGUUAUCUCAAUUUGUUUUUGUAUUUUAUAUCUUUAAUUUCAUUAGUUUUGAAUGAUGUUUCAUAACAGGUUUUAAGUCAAGGAUAUGGCCACCUCAAAUUUUGAACCGGACUAUAAUAGUUCAUCUUCGAGUGAUAAUAAUCUCUCACUUGCCAAACAAUUAAUAGAUGAUCCAUUGAAAGAUUCUUUUUUAUCACACAAAGUUGUUUAGAUGUGUCGUUGAUUGUUUCUUCAAUGGUGUCUGCUGCAAAAUGCUCUCUCGAAGGUUAAUCAUCAAGUAGAUGCUAUAUUCGUCGUGAUAGGAAAGAACAUCAUUACCUAAUAGUAAAUAACUAUUUCAAACGUGAAAACUCAAAGUACCCCCCACAACUUUUCCGUCGGAGAUUCAGAAUGGAUAUUGACUUAUUCUCCCAAAUUUUAUAAGAUGUGGAGAAUUAUUAUAACUAUUUUCGACAAAAGAUUGAUGUUGUUGGUAACAUUGGGUUGAGCCCACUGCAGAAGAUGGUAACAGCAAUACACAUGCUUGCAUAUGGAUGUCCAGCUGAUCAUCUAGAUGAAUAUGGGGGUGUUUGGAACUGAUUCUGCUUCUGCUUCUUUUUUAAAAGCAGAAGCAGAAUCUGAAUCAGUUUUCAGAAGCUGGUACCUACCAGCUUCUAAAAAAACUGAUUCUGAGAGUAAAUAAGAGCACCAUAAGUGCUUCUGGAAUUUCACCCAAACAAGCUUCUGCUUCUGCUCCCUGAAGGAGCAGAAUCAGUUUUGAAAAUCAGGUCCAAACACCCCCUAUGUUCAAAUAGGAGAAACAACGACAAUCGAAAGUCCAAAGCACUUUUGUGAUGCUAUUAUAGGAAUUUAUGAAGCAAAUUACUUGAGAAAACAAACCAUAUGGGUCAUAUUAAAAUGCUCUUGAAAGGAGAGAGUCGAGGCUUUCCCGGUAUGCUUGGUAGUUUGGAUUGCAUGCAUUGGCAAUGGAAAAAUUGCCCCACUGCUUGGCAUGGUACUCAUACAAAUGGUUUUAAAAGAGUUACAACUCUUAUUUUAGAAAUUAUAGCUUCACAGAGUUUAUGGAUUUAGCACGCUUUCUUUGGAAUGGUGGGUAGUAACAACGAUUUUACAGUUUUAGACAGAUCGCCAUUGUUUGAUGAUGUAAUUAAUGGUGUAGCUCCGGAAUACAAAAUUAUAGUUCGAGGUCACGAGUACAAUAUGAGUUAUUAUUUAGCUGAUGUUAUACAUCCACAAUAUGCUACUCUCAUCCAAACAAUAUCUCAACCUUCAUCUAUCAAGGAAAAGUUAUUUGCAAAACUACAAGAAUCAACAAGAAAGGAUGUAGAACGAGCAUUCGGUGUGUUACAAAGUCGGUGGCAUAUUGUUAAGGGCCCUGCUCGUCUUUGGAGUGCUAGAGACUUGGGGAAGAUAAUGAAGACAUGGAUCAUCUUACAUAACAUGAUAAUUGAGAAUGAGCGAACUCAAGGUAUUGAUCCUGAAGAGUGGCAGGCGGAAGGACAAGAAUCUACUAAAAGUGUUACUCUAGAGCAUGAUUUUAAUUUGAUUAUUUCAAUGAUGAAUAAUCAAACUAACCAGGUACAAAACACAUGGUUGCAUAGGAAAUUAAAGAAUGAUCUCAUUAAUCAUUUGUUUGAAG